CUCUCUCUCUCUCUCUCUCUCUCUCUCUCUCUCUCUCUCUCUCUCUCUCUCUCUCUCUCUCUCUCUCUCUCUCUCUCUCUGUCUGUCUCUCUCUCCUUAACUCUUCCUCAGAGUCUUUCCACAGUGCAGCAUCACAACAGCUGCCAUCGAUUUCACCGCCACCGGUACUGUUCUCAAACCACUGAGGGGCAGAACCUAACUUCCAGAAGCUGACAGCCCCGAGGCACCAGGUGUCCCGGUCUCUCUGUCCACCCCCUGAAGGAAGGAUGCUGGACGCCGGAACAAGGAAAGUCCCAGGAUGGCUGAGGCUUAUCUUUCUAGUCAGCCUGAGCGUGCUUCUGUGUCUGGUGGAGGAAUCGGAGGCCAGGAGAGCUCCCAAGAUCCCUCGCUGCCCUGCCACCUGCUCCUGCACCAAGGACAGCGCCUUCUGUGUGGACACCAAGACUAUCCCCAAGAGCUUCCCCCCUGGAAUCAUAUCUCUGACGAUGGUGAACGCAGCUUUCACGGAGAUCCCAGAGGGAGCGUUUUCUCAUCUUCACCUCCUGCAGUUCCUUCUGCUGAACUCCAACACGUUCACUGUGAUCGCUGACAAUGCCUUCGCAGGUCUGUCACACCUGCAGUACCUGUUUAUAGAGAAUAAUGACAUUCAAGCUUUGUCAAAGCACACCUUUAGAGGUCUGAAAUCUCUGACCCACUUAUCACUGUCUAAUAACAACCUGAAGGUCCUCCCGCGAGAACUCUUCAACCACCUGGACAUUCUGACGGACUUAGACUUGAGGGGGAACUCUUUCCGCUGUGACUGUAAAAUCAAGUGGCUGGUAGACUGGAUGGAGAAGACCAAUACUUCCGUGCCCACCAUUUACUGCGCCAGCCCAUUUGAGUUUCAGGGUCGUAGGAUCCACGAGCUAAACCCACGAGACUUCAACUGCAUCAGUGCAGACUUUGCAGUCUAUGAGACCUUCCCAUUCCAGUCUGUUUCAGUGGAGUCCUAUGAGUUCAAUGGAGACCAGUUUGUAGCCUUCGCCCAACCUGAUUCAGGCUUCUGCACUCUGUAUGUAUGGGACCAUGUGGAGAUGGUCUUCCGGAAGUACCAUAACAUCACAUCUCGCUCUGCUGUGUACUGCAAGCCUGUGGUGAUAAACAACACUCUUUACAUGGUUGUGGCUCAGCUAUUUGGAGGUUCCCAUAUCUACAAAUGGGAAGAGGACCCGCUGCGGUUUGUGAAGAUCCAAGACAUCGACACAACGCGUGUGAGGAAGCCGAACUUUGUGGAGACCUUUCAGCUGGACGGGGAUUGGUACUUUGCCGUGGCGGACAGCUCGAAGGCAGGCUCCACCAGCAUCUACCGCUGGAACAGCAACGGCUUCUACUCCCACCAGUCCCUGCAUCCAUGGCACCGCGACACUCACGUGGAGUUCCUGGAGGUGGGAGGCAAGCAACACCUCAUCUUAUCCAGCGCCUCUCAACCCCCGGUGGUCUACCAGUGGAACCGCAGCCAACGCCAGUUCGUCUUCCAGUUGCAAAUCGUAGAGCUGGCGGACGUGCAGAUGGUCAAGCAUUUCUGGGUGCGGAAGGUCCUCUACCUGUGCCUCACCCGCUUCAUCGGCGACUCCAAGAUCGUCCGCUGGGACGGGCAGCGCUUCGUGGAGAUCCAGACCCUCCCGUCCCGUGGAUCCAUGGCUGUGUAUCCGUUCACGGUGGGCGUCCGUCAGUACCUCCUCCUGGGCAGUGAUUUCUCCUUCUCCAGGGUGUACCUGUGGGACGACCUCACCCAGCGUUUUCAGCCCUUCCAGGAGCUUAACAUGAGAGCGCCCCGGGCCUUCAGCCUGGUGUCAGUGGACAACAAAGACAUUCUCCUGGCCGCCAGCUUUAAAGGCAACACUUUGGCCUACCAGCACCUUCUGGUAGAUCUGAGUGCCAAGUAGAAGACAGGACAAAGUGGAUAUUGUGAAUUUGUUGAGAGUAUUUAUUAACACAUGCUGUUCUUAUGAAGAAAAAAAGAACUUGUCUAAGCCAUGUGACUAAAUGCCUGUUAGCUACCAUGAAUUUAACCUAAAGUAAAGACUAAUGGACAAUGCAUUGUUAAAUUCAAAUGUGAUGAAAAAAUAGUUCACCAUCUAGAUAUACGUAUAAUUAUGCCAUUGUAAAUAAGUGUCAUAUCACUAUGCAAUUUCACUGCUUAUUCUAUCUACCAGCUACUUGGCAAAUGACAUGGGAUGUGACAAUGCUGAUGUUUAUGCACUGAUCUUGGAGACAAUACAAGUGAACAGUGACUGGUGUAAGAAGCAUGUUCACCCUAUAUGUUUUCUAUGGUACAAAUGCAUAUUCAUAUAAAAUUACUAACUGUUCACAUGGGAUUGGGUAUGAAGGCCAGAGUGUUCUUUCACCUUCGUUAAAAGCAGUAUUACUAGGACUAGAUAAUAAUUAGCAGAAGUUUUCAGCAGUAAUCAAUUUUAUAGGACAAUUAAAUUAAACAGCGUUUGUUAUUUAUUUACAGGGACAUUGAUAUUUAUCGACACACAGCUUUUUUCUCACAAAUCUGAAUGGACAACUGAGAGAAGAAAAGGAAUUAAGUUCAGUAAUGUUCCUGUAAACAUAUUUGGAUGUGCAUGAUAUUGUUCUGUGUGUCCUGCAUCUUUUAUGUGGAAGUAAAUUCCAAGUGAUUCUAAAUCUGAAAUCUAUUGUGGAUCAAAUAAAGUGCAGUAAUUGACAUCUCAGUCAAU